AUGGGACAUCAUGAAAGGGACAAUAGGGGAGAGUUGACUUGAUAACACAAGUGUUUAGAUAUUACGCACUGUUUAGCGUCGAAUCUUCUUGGAAAACGUUUCUCGCCUUUUAUUUUACGGAACAACUGAAUUUAUGAGUUUGUUUUUUGUCAGAGCUCUCCUCAAAAAGGGGUUGUACAACAGUUCAACGCGAACGGGAGCGACUGCGUCAGGCGUCUUUAAGAUUUUCGUUUUACCUUUGUGUAUCGCUGUUAAAGAGAACCCCAAUCUCGAAGAUAUGUUUUGUAGUUGCGUCAAAUGAGUUUGGUGGAGUUCCCCAGAGAUUUUGGAAUGUACGCGCGACAGAAUUUGUCAGCCAUACUGACGACUUUGCUCUUCAUUUUGACAUUAUUUUUAGCGGUGGGUAUUUGUUCAGACCUUAAAGUAUUAGUUCGUUUGAGUGAUGGACAAAUUACAGAGGAAACAUUGGAGGCGGACAGCGAGAGGGAUGUUAUCACUGUGGAAUUCAAGCAAGGAGACGGUACUCUCAUAACAGUUUUGGCCGACUUUAAACGGCAUGUGAAGAUCUUCCGAGCGCUGGUGCUGGGGGAGCCGGAGCGGGGUCAGACUCAGUACCAGGCCCUGUGCUUCAUCACGCACCUGGAUGCCCGCGAGUUCAUCCCCACAGAGUCCAUGGCUAGGCUGCGCCAGAAAAAUUCCCACGUGGUGCGCUCAGCGGACGAGAAGCGGGGCGUGGAGCAGCUGCGCAUGGACGUGGGCGUGAACCUGACGCACGCCUGGCACCUCAGCGCCCACAUCCGCAACGCCUGUGGAGAGGCCCAGCAGGCAUACACCAGCCAGGAAGACGUCACCCGCUGGACCGCCAGAGGCGUGGACAGGUCCAUGUUCGAGGUCCAGCUUCCACAAGUCCCGACAGACCACCAACAACCCCCCACCGCUGCUCCCGCUCCUCCCCCUCCCCCGGUGUGCUCCUCGGGGGCCGCGGGUCCCUGGCAACCCUGCCUGUGCUCCUACCACCUGCGCCUGGAGUGGUACCCCUGCCUCCUCAAGUACUGCCGCGGCCGGGGGCCGAGCCCGUACAAGUGCGGCAUCCGGAGCUGCAGCAAGGGCUUCCGCUUCACCUUCCCCACGCCGUGGCGCCAGCUCUGCCUCUGGGACGAGGAGGCGGAGGGGGAGGGGGCGUAGAGAGGCCGAGAGACUGGCAUGAGAAGCAUAGAGGCGGAGAGGUGUGAAGCACAUCAUGAACGAUGAACAAAUCCUAACCAUGUGGCUUUCAGACCUUCUGACCACAUGCUCAGCUGGGACUCAGGGGAGCAAGGAGUAGGCAGAGGAGCAAAGAGGAAGAGAGAAGAACACAACUAUAAGGAGAGACUGAAAAGGCAAAGAGGCUGGCUGGCAUGACGAAGUUGUAGAGUCUGAGCGGUGUAGAGCCAUGAUGAACAAACUCUUAAGUGCCUGCCAAGAGUUAAGGCUGUGGAAGAAGGCUUCAUUGGAGUCACACCAACUGUUCGGCAAAGCUGUUAAAUGAUGGUACUGUGUCCUCAUCACUAGUACUGAACUUCCAAUGUCUCUUUCCAUCUAUGAACAUGCAAUACAUAAGUUACUUUACAUGGCACAGCUCAUCACAAGCAUCUAUUGAGACAGCAGAAUGCAGACACUUAUUGUUUUUUUAGUUUUUUUUUAAAACUGAAAUCGCCAACCUGCAAUCUCAUUUGCAUCUGCCUUCUUCAUCUACGAAUAUAAAUAUGUGCCUUUCUGACACUACAUGUGGGCUGAGCUCUUCCUUAAUACAGUAACCGCAAUUUAAGCUCAGAAGUCAGAGCCGCCGUUCUGCUCAGCGGUGUCUGUGCAAUUCUCAAGUGACCACAAUCGGUUCUGCUGCCUUCAACAUGCUGGAAUCAUGCUGGAAUCUGGUGACCUCAAGAGGAGAAGAGCUAUAUCUAUGUCGGCCUUGUAGUUUGACGUCUUACAUAUGCAGUCUUGUUUUGUUAAAUAUGGUGAUGAUUUUUUAUUGUAUUAUUUAUGGACAACAGUAAUUUGUGAGACUAAAUGAACCUAAAACAUGUUUGUAGCACUAAAUGAAUGAACAAAACUGGGAAUACACUACAUGGCUGGAAACAUUCACGAUAAUACCAACUGGUACCUCAUGUUUUCUUGGUUUUUUUUUGAAAGUGUAUUGGAGGACACAUGUCUACUUUUCAAUUGCAUCAUGUUUUUAAUCAUGUUUUUUUCCUGUUGGGUUUUAGUCACCAUCAAGCCAAAUAUUGUCCUGAGUUUUUUUCCAUGUUUAAGCCACAGGGUGGUGCCAUCAGCGUUAAGCUAAUAAAUAUGUUCAGUGCCUUCUUCCUUCCAGGUUUCAAGGAGACCCAUGUUGAAUUAUACACAACUCCUUGAACGGUGUUAUUAAGCUGGUCUAGUCAGUAGUUAAAAGCGUUGUUAGAAAUACGUACCUCUUCUGUCUUGUAUUAAAUGUUAAUUGUUAAAUUGAUUAAAUGUUUUUGUUGUUUGUUUUUUUUCAUUGCAAAGAUUAUUGAUUGAGAUUUCUCAUGAUAGUCAGAAUACAUCUGUACUGAGGUACGACACCGUUCUUGUUUUUUUUUUUUUUUUUUUUUACAUCUAUGUUCAGAAUCUAUCCUUCCAGGAGUGUCUUGUAAUGCAUCAUAUGCAACUUGUGUCAGAUUUAUAAGAUUUGUUGUCAAUGAACAGUUAGUGGACCUCAGUUUAAAAUGACAUUGCAGAGAAUGAAGCAGAUUUAGGAGACCUUUGGUUAAAUGUUGAGUUUGCAUUUGUUAGCACACCUUUCGUUUCCACUCCAGGAGAGUCCAAACGUAAGGACUACUCAUUAUAAUGUGCACAAUGCUGGUGCAGUAUAUUUGUUAUACUGGUGGUUCAAUGGUAAGAGGAUUUCAUUUUUCUUCUGUUUUGGUUAUGAUAGUGGGUUUAAAAAAACUGUUAUAUCCACAUUUUUUGUUAUUAUUCCCCUCAUGGAAAGAUCACAUUCUGACAUUUGUAACAUGAACUUGAUGUCAAUGUAACUGUGAACUGACACAAGCCAAAUAAGGCCCAUGGUCCAAGUUGCAACACAUGGUUAGUAGCCUAUUUAGACAUACAUCUUUAACUAUUUUUGUAAAACUAAAUCUAAAGGUACAACUGGCUGCCUUUGUGAUAGUGUAAUAAAAUGAUGU